CUUGCCACCCGCCACUGAAGCCGAAGAGAGAGAAGAAUGUCCCGGCUUCCCCCGCUGUCGUGUUACGUUAUGAAAUCCUGCUGGCUUGGAGCAGCAGUGUGAGGUGAGCCAGCGGCCCAGACUCCACAAAGUGACCGUCCAGGAUGAGCGGCAUACGGACUAUCGUCAUCUCCACAGCGGCCAUUGCUGCCAUGGGGCUUGGCUACGGAAUGUGGUCUGUGAUCUCUCCGGGAGAAGAGAGGAGGAAAGAGAUGCUGAAGAAUCUCCCUGAAUCGAACCCAGUGAGAAUGGAAGAGACGAGGCAGAGGAAUGCCAUGCUGAUGCAAGUUCUGAAGGACGCCGCUGAAACCAACGAUAACUUUGCAAGGGGAUUAGGAGGACCUGGGAAGUAGACAUACCUCUCUGUGUUCAUUGUUGGUUAUUGAAUGCUUCUGACAUGAGGAGUCACAAGUUAGUCACAUAAACAUGGACACUGUCGGGGUGCCUGGAAGUGAUUGUCUAAUGAGCAGUGCUGUACUUUACAUUCACCUGUUUGAUUAAAACUCUUUAAACAGAA